AUGUCCGCAUACGACGCCGUGCCAAGCAGACGCCCCAAUGUUGUCUUCAAAAAGUAUAACGUCAAUGUAACUGGAAGUGGUAACGUAGCAGUCGGCCCCCGUGCUCGUAUCAUUGGUGCCCCAACGAAUCAACCAACGGAAGAAGACGGAAACACUAGCACUUCACAGAACCAUGAAACUGUUGCAAGGCUCAGCUAUUUCGCUAGGAACAAUGAGGAGGAGUACUGUGCCCGCAAAUAUUAUCGACAAACAAAUGUGGGAGACUGGACUCCAAAACCAAUCAAUGGAAUUCUUAUCCAGAUAGGUGAAAAUGAUUUUCAGUGGUCCGUCGAAUCCUUUCUUGAAAACCCAGAGAAGUUCAUUCGGGAAAUGGACACCUGUGCUGGUUCGCUGAAAGAGGAAAAAGAACUGUUCAUACUUCACGGUAUUUUGCCAUACCUGGAACAAGAAAUUUGGGGAAAAUCUGGCGCAAACAACAUUGACGUAUACAGGGUACUUGCUCAUGUAAGUAGCAGCCGACGUUGCGGUGACGUUGUAAAGCACUCUCUACAACAACUUCAGCAUCUGCUAUGCAGGGAUUCCAUUCAGAGUGCUAAACAAAAUUUGUUGAGUGUGGAAAAGAUACUGCGAUUAACCAUCGUCUCCCCAGACGGAGCUUUCAAAGAGGAGGCAGACUCAAUACGACUUCUCAGGCUAACAGUAUACGGCUGCAUACUCUCGGAGUUAAUCAUUCACCAGAAUCAAACAGGGUUCUCUAAAAUUGACUCAGAGAACAACUUGAAACAGCUCCGGGAAAUUAAAAACUAUUUCGGUGAGAUGACUUUGAAAAAAAAAGACAUUUUAAAAUACUCAUUCGAGUUCAUCCAGGAGGCUAUUAAUUAUCUUACGCGGUCACCCAAAAAGAGAGUGGGUUCAGAUUUGGGAAAUUACCUCGAGGAAUGCAAGAGAUAUUGUGCAAACUCGGACACUCCAAAUGAGGGGUUGUCACUUCUAAAGAAGCUGAAGAAAUCUCAAGUGGCAUGGUGCGAGCUGCAUUGUAUACUCUAUUAUCUGCACGGGAAGGUCUACACGGAACGUCCGGAACAGAUUAACAAAGAGAGGAGGACCAUGAAACUUUUAAGGCUGGUGCUGACCGCUCAUCUUAAUGGUGGAGGAGGAAAGGACUGGAGGUUUUGUUUGCUGAUGGCAUCUAUACUAUCAGAGAUUGCAAUGAAAAAUGCGAGGAAAGCAUUGAGAUUCGAAGCAAGUUUAUGUCUGGCUAAUCUUCGCGAAGAUGGAAAAGUAAGGAGGAAAACAGAGUGCAGAGCUAUUGUUGACCGCUUCUCUAGAGGGAUGCUGUUCUGUUCUGACCUUUCUAUCGGGAGAUCAUUGUUGUUGUCACCUCAUUUCUUUGACAACCAAAGUGACCGGCCCACGCUUCCAACAGAACUCCACAAUCAGCACCUGGUGUCAUGUUACAAAACACACACUUUGGAAAUUGACAACAUGGUAACUACUGAACCCAGUUGCGAGACUUCGAGCUAUUUUGUCAGCCACGGCGUGUUAAAACACCAAGAGGUGGCCGUAAAAGUCUUAGCCGUCACCAGGAUGGAUCUCGAGGAGGAAGAAACGUCAACACAGUCGGAGGUGAAGAAGCGACUACGUGCAGAAGCAUACAACCUGUGGCAAUUGAGCAAUCAAAGGAAGCAUCCAAACAUCCCUUGUCUUCUCGCCUACAACACUACAACUCUUCCUCAUCACAUAAUAACUGCAUAUGAAAAAUACGGCAACCUUCUCCAAUUUGUAAGAGGCUCAAGGGAAUGCAAGCCUCUGUCGUCAGCUACUCUUUACAAAAUGAUAAUUGGAGUAACAGAGGCCCUCCUAUACCUACACCAACAGCUUAAUUUGGUUCAUCGGGCUACUAUGGCGGAAAACAUUCUAGUUGGCGAUGGUUAUUUUGCCAAGCUUAGUGGAAUGCACUCUUUAGGGGUGCUGCAGUACGGAAUAAACCAAGACGGUGACAAAUCAUCUGGAUACGAAUACAUUUUGGACUACGAUGGCUUAAAAGAAUGUAAAGGUGAAAGUGGUGAAACACUACCGGUUAGAUGCAAAGCUCCAGAGACUCUAUCAAGAAAUUGUUAUUCCAUACCCUCUGAUGUUUGGGCCUUUGCAGUCUUUGUGUACGAGACGCUCACCUUAGGUUGUCGCCCAUACAAAGACAUACAAAGGGAUGAACAUGUCGUCGAUUAUGUUUUGCAAAAAAACGACGAGGAGAUAUUACCCCAAGAAAGUUGCAUCGAAGAUGAUGAAUACAACCUUAUGAAGCAGAGCUGGAAAAGAAAAAGGAGUGAAAGAAUCAGCCUGUUUGAACUCAAAGAACAAUUCCAAAAAAUGCGAUUAAAGAUAGUAAGCUCAGGUGAAGAGAAACCGCGGCUUGACCCAUCAACUUUAGAGAAGAACAUUGAAAGUGAACCACAACAAUCACAAGGAUCAACUGAUUCUCUGUAUGAAACCAUUCCAGACUACAGCGACAUUGAAUCGACUUCAGAAGAACAACAUGACUAUGAAGAAGUUACAUACGAGCCUCAAGGAUGUGGUACUCCUGAAACACCUGUGGAUCUACCGACAAAUUAUCAACAGGAUGCCAUAAAAGAGAAAAUCGCUGGAGGAGAUAAACAGCACCUGAGAAAAUUACUAUGUCUCAGUCAUAGUUGUCUUCUCCCUAUCAGGCGGAUAGAACAUUUAGAUUCCCGCAGUCCAGUCGCUGACAUCAUCUCGCCAAGAUUACCCUGUGGAAAUUUAAAGGAUUUUGUCCUCAGUAGAAAAUGUCAGAUAGAAGACAUGAACACAUUCCUCUGCCAGGUUUCCACAGCUUUCCAUUAUCUUCACGUAAAUCAUAUCGUGCACGGAGAUCUUCGCGCUGAACACGUUUAUGUGGUGGCACCAAACAAGGUCCAGGUUGGCCGGCUUGGUCGCUCUAAAUCGCUAACAAUUAGUGCCUAUGAAACCACUAGUACCUCAUGUGUCCUAGAAGCUGUCUUGCCUUCUGAUUCAACUCGUUGGAGCGCACCAGAGGUGAUCCAAGAGAACCGCUACUCUCACGCUAGUGAUGUGUGGGCGUUUGGAAUCUUUGCAUGGGAACUGUACUCCGCGUUCGCAGCUGGUCAACAGAAUAGAGAUACUCCACUGCCCUACAACAAUAUUCCGGCAGAUAAGAUUCUAGAUCAUAUGAAAGAAAACGGACCUCUUCACCAGCCAAGUGGCUGUCCUCAUUGGGUUUACAUUUUGAUGCAUCAGUGCUGGACAUAUGAACCAACGCAGAGACCUCCUUUCAUCGCAAUUACUGAUUGUCUUUCAAGAAGGGAACCGAUGCUGUCAUGGAUAAUGGCAUUGUGGCUGAACAAACAUGAGAAGAGUGAAUGGCCGGUUUUGCCAGUAUCUCAGCCUGACGAUGCAAUUCACGUGACGAACUCUGAGGAACACCCAUCCAGAGAAGAUAUCGAGAAAAUGUGUUCUCAAGGAUUUUUUACUCAUCACAAAUACCUGUAUGUCGACAGCGUUGGCCAAAACGAGACCGACACCGCUGAGGUAUACGAACACAGCCACACGAAUUCUCAGUUACCACCGCCACAGGGUUUCCUUGCAUUCCGCCAAUCAGUUCCAAGUAAUCACUCUGACGGAGCGUCCAACGUUGCCGACGAGUAUGAAACGAACCAAGUGAGUAACGCGACAGAAACGGUGUUUGAAGAAUCCACCUCUUGGAGAAUAAGAAAUGUGGAACAUACGGCUGAGUCCGUUGAGAGCACCGAUUCGAUUUCUUCCUGCCCUACAGAAGCCUCCGAGGUUUCUAACGAGGACCGACGUCUCGAAAAUCACACCGAUGGCGUUGCUUGCGCUUACUCGUUAUAUGGUGAGGGCCACGCAACUGGUGUUGAAAAUGCCAAGGAUGACUCCGAGGGCGGGCACAUUUUGUAUGAAAACGCAGGUUACAAAGACCUUACAUCAACCAGGGAGUGCUACAUGCCACUGAGAAAUAACCAGGGGGAACCCAAAAUACCAGGUUAUAUCAACGCACUAGCCGAGGAGACCGUUGCACCGCUGUCCCAGACAGAAUACGGCAACAGAGGCACUCCUGCUGAUCCCGACAUGUGCGUGGACCUUGCUACCACAGAAUCCUUAAGUUCUAACGAACUUGACCCUAACAUAGAGGAGCAGCCAAGCUUCACUUUUUAUGAAGACAUGUGUUGGUCUCCAGCUUAUAGAAGUGACAGUUUGUUACAUGACAAAGUACUUUUUCAAGAAUAUUUAAAUGUAUAUGCAAACGUCGUUUUGACAAAUUUAGACGUGGGCUUUGAAAGUUAUUUGUAUGCAGCUAGGAAAUCCAUCGUGUCAAGGUUGGUAGAGUUCGACAAGGAAACUUCGUUAUGACCCUUUAUCUAUCGUAAUAAUUUCAGAAAGUAUUUUUGACACAGUUUUCAUAGAAGUAACGUUGUUCAGGUUAGUGACUAUGGUGAGGUGUGACAAGGUGAUUAAUCAGAACAAACAUACCUAGCACCCUCA